AGUGGCUUAACUUUAACUACUUUUUUCUCCCCCUUCCCUUCCCCUACUACCGUGCUUUGCCUUUACCUUCUUCUUUCUUUCUUUCUUCUUCUUCUCCUUUGAAUUUCCAAACUUAUGAUUGAUUUCUAUUUCUUUCAGAUUUCGGGGUCAAGUAAUUUAUUUUACAGUUGGUAAAAAUUUUUUUUUUGUGGGGUUGUCUAAAAUGGUUUCUUUUUAAGCUUUUUCCAAGGUUCCAGCUAACUGCAUUUGUAUUGUUGAAACAAAAAAAGGCUGGCUUUUCUGGUUUUAUUAAAUUGAAAGUGGCCUAGGAGGAGUUGUUGGUUUUUUUUCUUUUCAAUUUGUGGGACUUGUGGAGGGGGGAUGGCUGCUUCACCACAACACAUAGCUAGAUUGGAUGCCGAAUUGUGUAAUGGGAAUGUUUCUGCUAAUUCAAUAGAGGAAAACGAUGAGAUUUGGGACAAUUCCAAUCAAAUCUCUUGUGGGAAACCUCCCAGGAAUCUCUCUGCUGUCAGGCACUGCAGUAGCUCUGCUUUUUUAGCUGAACCGGAACUAGAAAUAGGAAUUACAGGCUUAAAGCCACCGGCAGCUGAUAAUUCCGUGUUUUCACCUGUAUUUCGUUCAGGAAGCUAUUCUGAGAAAGGACCAAAACAGUACAUGGAAGAUGAGUUCAUCUGUGUUGACAAUCUUCUUGAACAUCUUCCUUCAUCUUCGAACUUCCCUUCUCCCGCAUCAUUUUAUGGGGUGUUUGAUGGACACGGUGGCAUCGAUGCAGCAACUUUUACCAAAACUAACAUCCUCAAGUUCAUAGUCGAAGACGACCACUUCCCAGCUUGCAUAAAAAAGGCUGUUAAGAGCGCUUUCGCCAAGGCUGAUCAUGCUCUUGCAGAUGCCAAGUCUCUUGAUAGAUCCUCCGGCACCACUGCUGUGACUGCUUUAAUGUCGGACAGAAUAAUGCUGAUCGCCAAUGCUGGAGAUUCUCGAGCAGUAUUAGGCAAACGUGGAAGAGCAAUUGAAUUGUCGAAAGAUCACAAACCCAAUGUAACCUCUGAAAGGCUAAGAAUCGAAAAAUUAGGAGGUGUUAUAAUUGAUGGCUAUUUGAAUGGCCAACUAUCAGUAGCUCGCGCUCUUGGAGACUGGCACAUUAAGGGCACAAAGGGCUCAAAUUGUCCUUUAAGUUCAGAGCCAGAGUUGGAGGAAAUAAUCCUGACAGAAGAAGAUGAGUUCCUGAUAUUGGGGUGUGAUGGACUUUGGGAUGUAAUGAGCAGUCAAUGUGCAGUGACAAUGGUUAGGAGAGCACUUAUGCAACAUAAUGAUCCUGAAAAGUGCUCAAAAGCACUUGUGAAAGAAGCACUUCAACGCAACACAUGUGACAACCUUACUGUUGUAGUAAUCUGUUUUUCUGCAAAUCCACCUCCUAAGAUUGAAAUUCCUAAAUAUCAUAGAAGAAGAAGUAUAUCAGCUGAAGGCCUGGAUCAUCUCAAGGGUGCCUUGAAUAGCUUAUGAGCACUUAGGCUUUGUUUUAUGUAAUUUUUCUUUAUUAUUUUUGGUUGGCAGUAUGAAUUCCAAUAUGACUUGAUGUAAGUCUUUAAGAGUUUUGGUAGUUUCUUGUAUUUUUCAGUUAACGGUUGAUAUUCAAACAUAUUAUCAAAUUAGAAAUAAUUUCUAAAACAUGGGUUGA